UGCUUCUGCGCGACCUCCCCUCCCUCCCCCUCCCAGAUGUUUAGGGAGGUCUCUCCAGAUGGGUUUGCACAAGCCUCUUGGAUGCACUUUGGAUCACAAGGCCCAGCAGGGCAACCGCUCCGGUCUCUCACUCGGCUGACCCAAAGGGGGGCCUGUGGCCAAUGGAAGGCAAAAAGGGCUCACAGUCAAAGCUGGUCGAUCCCCCCCCCCCCCCCCCCGCCCUUUUAACGGACCCCCCCCCCCCCCAGGCCCUGAGCUCUCUGGCUCUCAACACCUGCCUGCAGCUGCUCUGGAGGGACCUCUGAGGUUUUCACGCCAGCAGCAAUGGCCCAGCGGCCGAGGGCCUGCUGAAGUCCCAGAGGUCAUCCAGCCCCAACCCCAAAGGCCAGUUGUGGGAAAUGGCAAGAUUUGAGAGAGACUUUGACUCUGUUUCUGGAGCAAAACCCCUCGGUUGAAGUCCCUGGUGCAAACACAAAACCUUAAAGGCUGGCCGCCACGCACCAGGACAUGAUGUACUGGCUGCAGGAGCUCCAGCAGAAGAGGUGGGAGUAUUGCCACACUCCCGACGCUGCCAAGUGCUACAGCCGGACGUCGCCCACCCCGGCCGGGUGCUCCAGGGGCCUGGUGGCCAAAGACAGUCCCGAUUCCACGGCGCUGCCUGCAAAUGCUUCGGCGGAGAAAGCCCGCCACGUCCUCGCCGUCGAGAUCGCCCCCACGGAGCUGGUGGGGGAGCAAGCCGCCUGCCUGCCCGCUCCGGGCCACCCCGGCCCCAUCAACUUCUCCCUGAGGCAGCUGGGCACCGAGAUCAGGAAUUCUGUGUCUUCCUUGAGAGCCGGAAAAGGGAGUGGCGAGAACCGCAGGAGCGUCUUUUACACCGAAGAAUGGGAAAUGCUGGACCCCUCCCCCAAAGACCUGCAGGAGUCGGCAGCCCAGGAAGAAAGGCGGAGGCUGGCAGCCGAGCCCAGCAAAGGCGGGACUGGCCCGACCUUCCCCUUUGAUUUCGGCCGCCUCCCACACAAGGCCAGGCGCCCCUCGAAGGACCCCAUGGCUUCUGGCAAAGGCCGAGGCAGCCCGGAGGCGUCCCCUCUGGAGUGGGACGGAGGCCGGCCGGCUGCAGAGAUGCAGCUGAGGUUGCAGAGGCAGCAGGAGAACCUGGAGCAGCUCAAGACGGAGCUGGCCAGCCAGAAGGAACUGGUGCGGCUCCUGCAGCAGACCGUCCGCUCCUCCCAGUACGACCGGUACCUGGCAGGGCCCCUCUGCGACGGGAGCGCCAAGGGCCACCUGGAGCUGCUUCACCAGAAGGACCACCAGAUUCUGGGCCUCAACCACCAGCUGGAGAAGCUGAGCCUGGAGAAGGAGCACUUGCAGCAGGAGGUGGCCAGCCUGCAGGCCUCGCUGGGGGAGCUGGGCGAGCGGCUGGAGAUGCUGAUGGAGACCAUCCAGGCGAAGGACGAGGUGAUCGUGAAGCUCUCCCGGGAGCUGAGCGAGGGCGGAUCCUCCUGGCAAGGCGCCCCAGCCGACCCCUCCCCGCCCGGCAGCAAGGAGCAGCAGGAGCUCAGCAAGCUGAAGGACAGCCUGCAGGGCUACAAGACCCAGAACAAGUUUCUGAACAAGGAGAUCCUGGAGCUUUCCGCUUUACGGAGGAAUGCCGAGAACCGGGAGAAGGCGCUGAGGGCAGAGCACACCAGCCUGGAAGCCCGGAUGUGCCAGGUGGAGAGCAGGUACCUGGUUCUGCUGCAGGAGAGGAAGGCGCCGGUGUGCUUGGAGGAGCCCAGCCCCAACGGCGACCUGGUGGCCCGGCUCUUGGAAGACGCCCUGAAGGUGGACAGCGGUGAGCUGCCCGAACAGGCUUACUUCAAGCCCCACAUGGUCAGUGAGUACGACGUCUACGGGUUCCAGACGGUCCCGGAGGACGAGGCGGAGGAGGAGAGGCUGGAGGCGAAGGUGCGGGCCCUGGACCUGAAGUCCUUGUCCCUCACGGAGCACCAGGAGAUGUCCACGGGCGUGAAGUGGGAGAACUUCCUGGCUGCCACCGCGAGCAGGGAGAUGGUCCGGACGGUGGAGCUGAAGAACCUCGUCCGGGCCGGGGUCCCCCACGAGCACCGUUGCCAGAUCUGGAAGUGGUGCGUUGGGCUCCACGUGAAGAAGCUCAAGGAGAAGAAACCCCCCGACUACUUCCAGGAGCUGCUGCAGGACAUGCUGAAGAAGCAGAACCCGGCCUCCAAGCAGAUCGAGCUGGACCUCCUGCGGACCCUGCCCAACAACAAGCACUACGCCUCACCCGCCUCCGAGGGCAUCCAGAAGCUGCGGAACGUCCUGGUGGCUUUCUCGUGGCAUAACCCGGAGAUCGGCUAUUGCCAGGGGCUCAACAGGCUGGCGGCCAUCGCUCUCCUCUACCUGGAGCAGGAAGACGCCUUCUGGUGCCUGGUGGCCAUCGUGGAGGUCUUCAUGCCCCGGGACUAUUACACGAAAACUCUGCUUGGCUCUCAGGUGGACCAACGCGUCUUCAAGGACCUGAUGAACGAGAAGCUGCCCCGGCUACACGCCCACUUUGAGCAGCACCGGGUGGACUUCUCGCUCAUCACCUUCAACUGGUUCUUGGUCGUCUUCGUGGACAGCGUGGUCAGCGACCUUCUCUUCAAAAUAUGGGAUUCCUUUCUCUACGAGGGACCAAAGGUGAUCUUCCGCUUUGCUUUGGCGCUCUUCAAGUACAAAGAGGAGGAGAUCUUAAAGCUCCAGGACUCAACGUCCAUCUUCAAGUACCUGCGGUCCUUCACUCGCACAGUCCUGGAUGCCAGGAAGCUGAUGGGCAUCGCCUUCAGGGACCUCAACCCCUUCCCCCUGCGCCAGAUCAGGAACCGGAGGGCCUUCCACCAGGAGAAGGUGCGCCAGGAGCUGCUGGAGCUGGAGGCCAUGCGCGAGGACUUCCUGCGUGAACGAGAGACCGACCCAGAGAAAAGGGACCUGAUCAGCGAGGAUGAGGAGGACAGCUGAAGGGACCCCGGAGGACCCCUCCCGCCAGGGGAGUGGGCUUCUUCCUCAGGGCAGGACCUCGUGGGGAUCCCGCCUUUUGCAACAGGGGCGGCUCCUGCUUAUGGACCCGGCAGCACUUCAGGCUUCCUUCCAGUUGCGCAGCUGGGCUGGGCGUGCUUCCUUCCUUUCAAAGCCUCCGAAGUGCCUCCAGGCGUAACGCUGAAAGGCCCGCCGCCAUUUCAUGCCAAAUCCUCGGUCUUUAAAUUGUGCCGUUUGGGAGACACGGUCCUCGUCUCGUCUUUGGAAAAGGAACCAAGUCGUGAUGCUUCAUCGGACGCUGGCGGCUUCAAAGACAUUCCGCGGGGCCCCUGGGAAGCCGCAGAGGACCCGGAGGCAGCACCGGGGGUUCCGGACGGCUGCCGUCCCCCUUCUGGGCUGGGGUCCCCGUCUCUGCUGGAACCAGCCGGGCUCCCAGGAAGGGCUCCUUUCAGGGGCCAGUCUUCUCUGCAGGAGGGCCAGCCCCAUCAUCGCCCGGCCUCCCCGGUCCUCCUGGGGAGGGCCUGAGGUUGAGCGGAGGAGACGAGGAGGCAAAACCCAGCCGAGUUUCUCUUGGGGAGCCGGGACAAUUCAUCCCAGGAGGAUCUAGUCCGUCCGCCUUCCUUCCAUGGAGCUUUUGUCCUUUAAUCCCUGCCCCCCAACCCGGAGGCCUUCCUUGGGGAAGCGAUGGGGAGGCCAUGCAGCCAGGAGCUCUGCCUCCAGGCCCACGCCGCUUUGGGGGCAAAGAAGGCGCCCCACAGCCCAGGGUCGGUUUGGGGGAGGCAGGACCCAGGUCCGCCGUGGGCGUCUGAAGACCUUGAAUCCUAGUCUAAUGCCCUAAUCCACGGCUGCAACGGGGGAAUCCCUCCCUGGUGGAGGUUUGGCCGACUUGUGGCUCCCUGGAUCAACGUUGGUGUCCUCGGCUGUUGUGCCGGCCAGUCCGGUGGGUUUCCUCCGGGGGUGGGGGGGGGGCUACGUGGGGUGCCCCCGGUUGUGUGAUGCAAGGGUUCCUCUCCCCACGGAGCCCAGCGGGCUGGACGCCUUCAUCGCCCAGAGGCCUCCCAGAUGGUCAGCACCGAGGAGGGAGACAGCCACACACGGCCCCAACACACAGCCCGGUGGCACUUGGAGGUGGGUGGAUGCCAACGCCUGGAAUUGCUCUGCUGGCUGGGAAACUCAGAAUGUCCGAAUAUUCAGGUCUCAGUUCCGGCUGGCAGGUUUCCCUUCCUUUUUAUAAAGAACCCCAAACUCUGCUAUGUAUUAUAUAUGCAAAGUAUUUUAUGCAUGAUGUCUAUUCAAGCGGAAUGUAACACACACACACACACACACACCCCACUCUUGCAAUUUGCACAAGCUUCACAGAGAUCCAGUCUAUUUUUCUGCCUUUCUUGCUGGAGCCCCCGCCUGGCUCUUUUCCUCUGGAGGUGGGGUCGCAAGGAGGGAUCCCGGAUUCGGUGGAGGGAGUCCAUUGCAGGGCCCACAGCUGGAGUAGCCCAGGGUCCAGAAGACAGGGUGGGGGGUGGGGAUGACAACGGGAGGCAAGUGCAGGUGGGGAUCCUGAGAGUUCUUUGGGGGUUCAGAAGCCCCGAGUUCAUUUGCCAAAUGUUUGCAACCUCUUGAAAGUGGACCAUUUCCUGUCUUUCAUUUUUGACAGCUUUUGAUCUUCAUUCCUGUCUGGUUUUGUCUGACCAAUCCUAGUGAAUAAAUGCACACGACCACCUG